GAAUUUUCAAUAAUUAUGAGUGCGGUAUCAUGGCAGAUUGGAAUCCCAUGGAGAUAGAAACACAGAGCUUAUCCACCGCACCUUCCAAUACUCUUCUACAGGAUUUCUGCUGAAUAAACAGCUGCAUGGAAACUUUGGAGCUAGGCUGGAGAACAAGAGAUUUCAUGAGGUAGAGUUAUAGCCACCUGAGUUAUUUGAGCUGAUCUCUAAAAACAAGUCACAUGGAGCGCUUUUACCAGGGACGCACCAACCUUGGCUAUGUUUGUACCAAAACCGUGAGGAAGGUGGCACAGGUCAUCACUGAGAAGUACUACACUCACCUGAGCAAAGACUUCCAUACCAACAGCCCUGUGUGUGGGGAGAUUGCCAUUAUUCCCAGCAAGAAGCUCUGCAGCAAGAUAGGCUACGUCACACAUCUGAUGGGGUGGGAUCAGAGAGGUCUGGUGGGAGGUAUCUGCAUCAAACUGCAGGAGGACAGAGAGAGAAGAGAUAAUUAUGUUCCUGAGGUCUCAGCCCUGGAUCAGGAGAUCACUGAAGUGGAUUCUGACACUAAGGAACUGUUGAAACUCUUAGAAUUUGGCAGUCUGUUCAACCUGCAGGUCACUCAGACUACAAUUGGGUUGAAUUUCAAAACACCACAUGGAGUUGUUUGAAUCAUUCUGCUGUGCUGUAA